CACACACACGUACGUACGACGGUACGUAAGCGCGCGCGCGCGCUCAGUAAAGGAAAGGAAAGGAACGAGGAGGGAAAGGUGGAGAAGGAGGAAGGAGGCGAUACGCCUGGUUUUCUCGCGAGAAAAGGGUUAUUUCCAGUGAUACGUCCUGGAGGCGCCUGUCGUCUUCGCCGGUACAACCAUAACGCCGCCCGCUUUAAAACGCCCGAGACGGGAUACGGUGGACUCAUCGCCGCCACCCGCUCGAACCGCAGCCCCCGGAAAUCCCGGACCAUCCAGCAAACUCGCUUGCAUCAUGGACGCACCGCUCUCCCAGAGUAUGGACUCCGUCAACACGGUGGCCACCGGUGAAGACGAGGUGCGCACCUUGUUCGUGAGCGGCUUGCCGAUGGACGCCAAGCCGAGGGAGCUCUAUCUGCUCUUCAGAGCAUACGAGGGGUACGAGGGGUCCCUGCUGAAAGUCACAAGCAAAAAUGGGAAAACAGCGUCGCCGGUGGGGUUCGUGACUUUUCACACGAGGGCCGGUGCCGAGGCGGCGAAACAGGACCUGCAGCAGGGGGUUAGAUUCGAUCCUGAUAUGCCACAAACCAUACGUUUGGAAUUUGCAAAAAGUAACACAAAGGUUAGCAAACCCAAGCAACCAGCCGCUGCAGCAGCCACCUCGCACCCUGCUCUGAUGCACCCUCUAACUGGACACUUAGGGAGCCCAUUCUUCCCUGGUGGUCCUGAAUUGUGGCAUCAUCCACUGGCGUACUCGACCACUGGCGAAUUACCAGGCGCGCUGCAACACGCGACGCUGGUGCAUCCGGCGUUACAUCCUCAGGUCCCCCAGGCGCCCAUGUCUCUGCCGCAUCCUACGACGCUGACGUCGAUACACGCGUCGCUGCCCCAUUUCCUACCGUCACCGGCCUUGGCAUCGCCGGUAGGUUCACCCUCGUCUCAGCAGAACCUAGUGAGCAACGCGCCCUGUUCCACCCUGUUCGUGGCGAACCUCGGCCAGUUCGUGUCCGAACAAGAGCUUAAGGACAUCUUCAGCAGUUUUCCUGGUUUCUCCCGGCUUUGUAUGCACACGAAGGGAGGGUCGCCAGUGGCCUUUGUCAAAUACCAAGACGUUCGCUACGCGGCCCAGGCGAUGGCCACUCUCCAAGGAUCCUUUCUCCUCUCCUCCGACCGGGGAGCAAUACGAAUCGAAUAUGCAAAGUCACAAAUGGCCGAGGUGGGCUUUACAAAUCUCUGGAUCGAAGGAUCAAAGAGAGAAGAAAACGGGCAACCUUAAGAUCGACAUCAACGGCAUGUAAGAGGAACGAGGGAAGACCUGUACGUGCUUACACCCCGGAGUGCGAUAACAGUGAAUUGGAUCCUAUGUUUUCGCAAUAGUAAACAAAGAGAAAUCAUCGAUACGAAGAGUGGAUUAACAACAACAACGUAGGAACGGGACAAAAACUGGUUUCCGGGGCGAUUGAAACAGUCGCUCGAAGAGAAUCGUUGCGAAGACAGAAGAACCAAGAUGGCGGCGACCAGCCGCAGAGAUCCAGAUACAGAGAGAGAGAGAGAGAGAGAAAGAUAAGGAAAGGGUGGAAACGGAGAACGAAACAUGGUCAGAGGGGUGGGGAUGUAGGGGGGAUAAAAGUAGAAAAAAACGAAAAAAGCACGUAAAAAGGGAAAACGGAAAAUAAGGAACACCCACGUACACAAAAGAAAAAAAAAGAAAGUAAGGAAAAGGGGAAAAGAUCGGUAGAAAAAAUUAAUAAGAAAAGACGAGACAGGGGUGUGUGUGCGUGUGCAAUGUUUCUCUACCUUGUCUCGCGAGAUAAAAGCAUCAGCACCGCAUACCGUAAACGGGAGAGAAAAAAAAAGGAGAAGAACAAACGUGAGGGGAGAAAAGAGAAAAAACGAAAAAACGAAAAAAAAAAAAAAUGGAAAAAAAAUUUUCUUGUAAAUUGCGCGCGGAGCAACGGCGUUUUAGAUUCGCGACUCGCGGGGGGCCCAAAAUAAUCGCGUAUAUAUGAUAUUCCUAGGUAUAUAUAUUUUUUAACGACUUAACUUAUCGAUCUAUUUCGAUUAGCCGUGUACUACCUUGUCUAUUUAUUUUCCACCGAGUCUUGAUUGCGAUCGACGACGACGACGAAGCGAGAGACACGAAAAAUGAGAGGUCGAAGAAUAUUACACGAAGGAGGGAGAAGGGAAACACGAAACAGGGAAGUUUACACGAGAAAAGAGAGGGACAACACACGAUGGAAAGGGAGAGAGAAAACUUGGCGGAAGAGGUGUGCGUCGGUUGGUGAUGUUGCAUGGGGGCGUCGCAACGCUCCGGCAAAUUUCCACGCCGAGGCGGCCACACGCCACGAUUUCGACACCCAUGACACGAUUUCCUUUCGUACACACACACACACAGGUACACAAAUACAGAUAUACAAAUGAAGACACUUACACAGAAAGAAGAGAAGCAUAAAAGCAGGAAGGCACUCUUGAAGUCACACGCGCACGUAUAUAUGUAAUACUUGUUCACACGUACACAGAAGGAACACACAGAAGUCCACAGUCGCGGAAGAUUCUUUUAGGAAAAUCGAGCCCCGCGCUGUCUUCGAACAAAUUGUUUUUCUUUUUUGUUUGUUCUUUUUUUCUAAGGGGGGGGGUGACAGAAGUAGGAUUUUAUUGUAGUGAAACAUGUGACGUGAUUACUCAAGGGGGGGAAAAAAAAAAACAGAGUAGUUUCGUUGUAUGGCGCUUUUUAAACUGUU